CUUGUUCAAUUAUAUCUCAAAACAUCCCUUUUCUCCUUUCCUGACACCACUAUCCACUCCUUCAUAUAUUUGCACAAUGCCUACUUAUUUUAACCCUUCCAGUGUCCAUAUUCCUUCGGUCGACCUGCCCUCGUUCUUUUUUGACACCGUGAAGAAUAAGACAGUGUUUGGACGAAAACCCGAGAUUCCGUUCCUGAUCAGCGAGCAAAGAACGCUAUCAUUCGCCGAGUUCGAAACGUUCACAUAUGGCCUUGCCUCUGGACUCAGCAACAACGCAGGUCCUGAAGUGCGGAGACUCACCCUAGCAGCCCAGAUGGUCGGCGCUGCUGUUUGCACUGCCAAUCCGCUGUAUACUGCACAUGAAAUUGCCCACCAGAUCAAGCUGACAGACGCAAAGGAUGAGGCUAUAAACAUCGCUGGGUCAUCAAUCCCUGACAGCCUCAUAUUUACUCUUGAUGGCGCAAACUCGGUUUUCGAUAUUCUCUCAGACAAAUCCUACCCGCGCGUCUACCUGCAAACGGACGAUGGGGUCAAGAACACGGUAGCAUUUAUCGUGUUCAGCUCUGGUACCAGCGGGUUUCCGAAAGGUGUUAUGCUCAGUCAUCGCAACAUCGUUGCCAACAUCCUACAGAUGAUUGGUUUCGAAAAAGCGGAUAAGGUGCAGACUAGACGGUUUGCGGAAAUCGAAGAGGCCCGCAUGUUCUCGGAGUCUUGCCCUUCUUCCACAUUUACGGAUUGGUGUGCAUCAUGUACCACCAGCUUUGCGCUGGACGCAUUCUGCCAGAAUGUGCAAAGGUACCGCUGUCGCACUGCUCACCUCGUGCCGCCUAUCAUCCUUGGCUUAACCAAAAGCCCAAUAACUGCGAAGUACGACCUAUCAAGCUUCAUCUUCGUCAACAGCGGCUCGGCCCCAUUGACCAAGGAGCUGCAGCAAGAGGCACAGAAAGUCCUGGGAUUUCCAAUGUGCCAUGGCUAUGGGCUAACAGAGGCAAGUCCUGGGAUCUGCCGUCCGUAUAUUGAUGAUGUCGUAUAUGGAUCCUCUGGUCGCCUGGUACCGAACAUGCAGGUGAAGGUUAUCGACAGCGAUGGCAGAGAGGUUGGUCCUGGAAAAUCUGGUGAGCUAUGCUUUGCUGGUCCAAACAUCAUGAUGGGCUACCUAAACAACCCAGCUGCCACUGCCGAGACGAUCGAUGCUGAUGGCUACCUCCGCACCGGCGAUAUCGGACACGUCGACAAUAAAGGAAAUAUCUUCAUCACCGACCGCAAGAAGGAGCUUAUCAAGUACAAGGGUUUCCAAAUUGCGCCCGCCGAGCUCGAAGGGCUCCUGCUUGACCACCCAGCUAUUCUGGAUGCAGCCGUUAUUGGUGUCUAUGCCGACGCUCAGGAAACCGAAGUUCCCAAGGGGUUCGUUGUCCUCCGACCCGGUACCAACACGUCUGGUAUUGUUGAUGAAAUCCACAAGUGGGUAAACAAGCGCGCGAUCCAGUACAAGAAGCUACGCGGCGGGAUUGAGGUUGUUGAUGCGAUUCCAAAGUCAGCAACUGGGAAGAUCCUCAGACGUGUUUUGAAGGAGCGCGAGUCACAGAAGAGCAAGCAGAUGAAGUGCUAGGCAAUGGCUUAUUUUUUUGCCUAAAGAGGUUAUCUACUGCUCGAAAGUUGAUAUAAUUAAAACCACUUGUCCAUGCAUCCUCAGCAUAAGUAGCAGUGCACCAGCCACCAAGUGAU